AUGUUGCUCUGCGAGUGUUUCGGAAUCCCCUUAUUUUUUUUCUUCUUCCAGGGAACGUCCGUGGCUAUUACGGGUGCGCUGGAAGGACUACGGCCGGGCAAGCAUGGAUUUCACAUUCACGAAUUUGGUGAUUUUUCGCGCGGAUGUCUUUCGACCGGUCCACACUACAAUCCGGACGGAAAUGAUCAUGGUUCACCGGACGAUAGUAACUCUCAUGCUGGCGAUCUUGGCAACAUUAUGGCGUACAGUACCGGACUGGCAAAGGUACAGAUCGCGGCCAGGAAGAUUACACUUGUGGGUGACAGAAGCAUCAUUGGCAGGACACUAUCCAUUACCGAGUUUGAGGAUGAUCUGGGACGUGGGAAACACGAUUACAGCAAAACUACUGGAAACUCGGGUAACUGCAUUGCGUGCGCCAUUAUUGGGGUCGCACGAGAAGAGUACUUUGCCGAACGGCUACAUCUGACCACAGAUGAAUGA